AUGGUCGCGCUUUUCAAGAACCUUGGUAUUGGAGGAGACAGUUCUGGAAAAGUUGAUGGUGAAUCCAAAAAGCCAGUGCCAAAAAGAGGGAAAUACUCUGUUGCGCCGGGAUAUUCUCAACUAGAUUGGGCUAGAAAAGUAUCGAGUGGUGAAAAUUUAUCCACGGUGGACAGGCCGAUGAAGGUUUCUAAAGAUGAGCUUAAAAAGCAUUGUACCGAGGAGGAUUGCUGGAUUUCGAUUAAAGGAAAAGUUUAUAAUGUGACUCCUUACCUUAAUUAUCAUCCUGCUGGUGUUAAAAAAAUUAUAAAUAAUUCUGGCAUAGAUGCUACUCAGGUCUUUAUGAUGAAUCACGCUUGGGUAAACGAGGAAGCAAUACUUAAAAAUUGCUUUAUCGGUUAUUUGACUUGA